AUGUAGUAAUUUGAAAAUUUAGCGGGCAAAUAAUAUCCUUUCUAUAGCUGUAAUCUUCUUUGAUGCUUCCUAAAUAUCUAAGAAGACAAUCAAUAUGUUUGGCGAGAAAGCCUUAGAGUUAAUUAAGGAACUGAAAAGAUGUGGGGAUGGAUUAUUACCUUCUUUCAAUGAGGAAACUGUGCGACAAGUCUUAGAAGAGAUGAAAAGCCUCUUUGAAGAAAAUCAUAAAGACGUCACGGCUUCCUCAGAGGGAGAACAAGGUCUUUUUCCUGGGGUUCAGCUUCGUCAUGCAGCACUUGAAAGGAAUAAACGUAUUUUAUUAACUUAUCUCAACGAAAGAGCGACCUCAAUAGCAGAACUUCGUUGGCAAAUGGGCACAGUUCUUCCUCCUGAUAUUCGGUCUCGCUUAGCAGAACACGAACUCUCGUGGUUACAAAAAUAUAACAAAUCCCUCACUGCCUACAUGAGAGCCGUGGGAGCUGAUAUAACUCACAAUUUAAAACCUCCGAAAUCUUUAUUGAUCGAGGUGAGAUGCACCACUGAACACGGAUCCAUUGAACUGACCUCAGGUAGAACAUUACAUUUGUCAAGAGGAACUCAUCACUUUCUCGAAAGAUCAGAAUGUGAACCAUUGAUAGCAAGAGGGAUAGUUGAAGAGAUUUAA